GCUGGUUAGCCAUUACGUAAUGUGAUGAAUGGCAUCAUGGGAAUUGUAGUCCUCUCGCUCUGCGGUACAGUGUCUAGUUUGUGACAACGGGCACUGGGAGGACUACAAGUCCCAGCAGCGAGGCAACUGUGCAACAACCGCCUCUCUUAUCGGAGGAGUAGGCCAUCUUCAGGAAUAUUGACAGGACUUUAAAAAUUUAUAUUAAUUCCAGUGUUCACUAUUGGCGAGGAUACUUUGGUGUUUAUGUGGCGCCCAUAAGUGCAAGACCGGAGCAGCCGCUUUUGAAGAGCUGCGGCAUUAACCUGAGAAGAUUAUUAAUUUCAUUCUUUUAAAACAAUUUAUGUCUAUGAAGCAUGUCUUCUUUAGAGAAAGAAUUGUUCUUGAGCAGAUUGCCUUCGCGACCACCGAUGCCGUCAGGUCCCCAGCCUGGAGCUAAAAUGAGAAUGGGCCCUGGAAGAAAGCGGGAUUUUUCCCCUGUGGCCUGGAAUCAUUACUUUGAAACGAUGGAAGAUGUCCUAAUUACAAAUGGAACAAGCAAAGACUCUUUUCGAAUCUACAAAAGUGGAUCUGAUGGGCCUGUUCUUUUGUUAUUGCAUGGUGGAGGCCAUUCAGCACUCUCCUGGGCUGUAUUCACUUCCAUGAUUAUCAGUCGAGUUCACUGUAGGGUUGUGGCAGUAGAUCUACGAAGCCAUGGUGAUACAAAAGCCAGAAACGCUGAUGAUCUUUCAGCAGAAACUAUGUCAAGAGACAUUGGUAUUAUAGUGGAAACGCUCUAUGGUGAAAAUUCUCCCCCCGUUGUUUUGAUUGGCCAUAGUAUGGGUGGAGCGAUAGCCGUUCAUGUUGCAGCAAAGAAUCUGGUGCCAUCUCUUGUGGGUCUGUGUGUGAUUGAUGUAGUGGAAGGCACGGCAAUGGACGCUUUAAACAGCAUGCAAACGUUUUUACGGAGUCGGCCUAAAGUGUUCAACUCUAUUGAAAGUGCCAUAGAAUGGAGUGUGAAAAGUGGUCAGAUACGAAAUCUGGAAUCGGCAAAAGUCUCCAUGGUUGGGCAAGUAAAACUUUGUGAGGAUGAUAUCAACAUUGCAGGGAGCUCCCAUUCUGUUGUGGACACUGCUAUUCAUGAAGAGGAAGAGGAUGAGGCAGAGGAGGAAGAAGGGACAGUGAAGAAGGAGAAGGAACCUGAAUCAAGUAAAAAAUUGAAAGAAAGUAAAACUGAGUACACAUGGCGUGUUGAGCUGUCCAAAACUGAGAAGUACUGGGAGGGGUGGUUUAAAGGGCUAUCCAACCUCUUUCUCGGCUGCCCAAUCCCCAAACUACUAUUACUAGCAGGUGUUGACAGAUUAGAUCGAGAUCUUACAAUUGGUCAAAUGCAAGGAAAAUUUCAGAUGCAAGUUCUUCCACAAUGUGGCCAUGCUGUACAUGAAGACGCCCCAGACAAAGUGGCAGAAGCUGUUGCAACAUUCAUGAUUCGUAAUAGGUUUACAGAAGCAAAGGGUGAAAUCCAUAGCAGUUACCCCAAUUUUUAGUAGAUCCAACAGCCUUCAAACUCAACUUGGAUUGUAUAUGCAUCAAGACCACUGAGAUUUAUCCAUGUAUCAUCAUCUGCCUAAUCUGAAUGAUACAGUGAAGCUGGAAUGUCAGAACUCCAUUUGUGCUGUUAAAUCUAUAUUGAUUCAUUGAAACUCCAAUUGUGGGUACUACAGAAUGACUGACUGAAAAGUGCAACCUGUUUCUGAUUCAAACAUUAAAACAAUUAAAGGGGAUUGCAUACUCAAAGUGUAUUUUUUUUCUUGCACAUGUUCUACUAUAGAACGCAGAAAUGUGUUCAGCAAUUGCUUAGGAGUUGAAAUGUGCUCUGGAACUCCGUGUUUGUAAUACUAAUAAUAUCUAUGGUUAAACUUGGGUCUGUUUUAGAACUGGGUUAGGAGUUCUUUUAUUUAAAAAAGGAGGUAAAAAGAAACAAGAGGAAAAGAGCACAAGUAUGCAGGACAACCCAAAAAAAAGUCAAAUUGCUGGAUUUGUCAUCUUCAAAAUACAGACACUCCUAACUUUAGACAUGUACUGACAGUUAACCUAAUUUAAACUGACUUCAAAGUGCGCUUCUGGAAUCAAAGUUUAUUGGCCUUAACUAUUGACAUAGAAAUGAUUUUGCACUUUUUUUUGUGACGAUAAAAUGUUUUUAUUUUAAAUGGUCUGUAAUCCAAAUUCUUUAUACAAUAAAGAUCAGUGUUUUGGACCAUGUUACACUAGACUAUUGUUCUAAAUCAUUAGCUGAUGAAAGAUAUGAGUAGCAAGAGAAAUUAUAUUGCAGUCUGCUGCUAGCUAUGAUGCAGACUUAACCAGGAAAGAUCUCUGAAUGCGUGGUUAUUCUGUGAAUGAGAAACUACUGCAACCAAUUUCACAUUAGACAUAUAGAAUUGAGGUUUUUUUUGCCUAGUAGAUCCAGUAGACCUACCUGAGCAUUGUUUAAAUCCAGGUUCUACUAAAGUCAACAUAUCUUUCACCUAAUCUGAAGUUUAAGUGGUGUGACAAAGCCUGCUGGUGGUCUGAAACUGUUUAGUUUUCAUGCAUAACAUUACUUAAAUAUGAAAAUGGCAGGAAAACUGCAAAAGGCAAAAUAUUGUGCUUGCUGUAAAUUCGAAAUCCAAAAAGCAAAUGAUGGUAAUACUCAGGUCAGGGAGAGAUUACAUUUCAGGUCUGUGGUCUUUUAUGGAACUUUGUAUGAAUGCAAUCUCCUAAUAUUUUGUUCUUCACUGUGAGCACUUACUGUUGCAUAUAAUGGCAAUCAGUUUUUUAAAAAUUGGAAAAGAAAUUAAAUGUAUUGAGAGACUACUAAAACUGUCUGGGCUCCUUGUAUAUUUGAAAAAUUAUGACAUGCAAUAUCUUUAUACAAUGGUUGGAGAAAGGAGCAUGAGGCAGAACGAGGAGUCGAGAAAUGAUUUUAAGCAGUGACUUUCUGCGUCCAAAUUCUCGCUUCUACCAAGCCUCCCCCAAUCUUGAUGAACCCCUUUCCUUGAAGUAUGCCUGCUACUGCAGUCUGUGACUUUGCGAGUGUCCGGAGCAUUUCCCUGAACAUAUAUCGAACUCCUUGAAUGUGUUGAUCACAAUCCUAGUGCCUAUUUUGAGACUCUGCAAGUUGCCAGAAACUUGGUGGCACAUCGACUUUGCAUGCUUGGUUUUCAAGGUAAACUACAGCCUGACCAGCAAUCUUUGUAUCAUUCUGAUAGUUCUUUAUUAGGGGUGACUGCUAACCUUCAGUCUCUUUUCCUGUAACCUUCAUUUUUGAGUCACGUUUUCCCUUAAUUGUCCAAGAAUGUGGUGAGAGUAGAAACUGCUUUUUGCCUAGUCUUCAGAUUGUAAUAUUUGCAGUUGGGAGAAGACAUUUGACCAACCUUUCGUACAUUCAGCCAGAAGCUUUGUACAGAAACUAAUUCAUUCUCAGAGACAUCCUAUAGGAGCAGUUUCUCAAAAAAUUCCAGAAUUUUCACCGCUACUAUUGUCAUGGAAGUUUAUUCAAUGUAUUUUAUUCAGACAAAAGAUACUUGACCUGGAACAGUAACUCUUCUGCUCUCAUUUUCCCCACAGAGGCUCCCUGCUCUGCUUAGCAUUUUCUAUUUUUAACUUAUUUAUUCUGAGAGAUGUGAAACUUCCUGCCAUCAGUCUGUUCUUAGAUUAGAAACACAAACACUGAGAAUACUGGAGAAAUUCAGUAGGUCUGGCAGCAUCUGAGGAGAGGGAAAACAGAAUGAAUGUUUUGAGUCCAGUAUGACUCCUCUUCAGUGUUUUAGUCUUAGUCCUAGUUUAGCUCUUUAGAAUCAUAAACAAAGAAACAUAGGAAAUAGAAGUAGGCCUGGGGCGUUCAGCUCUUUGAGCCUGCUGUGCCAUUCAAUAUGAUCACGGCUGAUCAUCCAAUUCAUUACUCUUUACUGGCAUAAGCUGAACCCUUUUUUGUAUUCAUUGAGUUUACUUUGAACUAAUUUUACUUUGUCCAAUCUGUUAUCUACCUCAUAGAAGUUAUGCUUUCAGUAUUGUCAGUGAAGGAAAAUAUACCCCGGUGUGUUUCAGCCACAUGAUAGAUCAAAAUAAUGUUUUGUUGGAAAAAAACCCAUUUUAGAAUGGCAAAUUUGACAACCAAUAAACAGGCUGGUUCCUGAGGAAGUGGUUAAUUAGAAAUUAUUAAAAUCAGCUUUACUUUUUUCUAAACUUUUGAGAAUUCAGUGUGAUGGGGCAUUCUCCAGACAAAAUGAAAAUACUGUAGAUGCUGGAAAUCUAAAUGUACAACUGAAAAUGCUGGAUAUACUUAAACGGUCAGGCCACAUCUCUGGAGAGAGACACCAUACUGAUUAAAAGAUCAACAUACUGAAAUAUUAAUUCUUUUUCUUCCACCACAGAUGCUGUUUGACCUGCUAUUUCCAGGUCUAUCUCUAAUUUAGGCAGAGUAUGUUUUGAUUUGACUUACUGAAAGAAAUUGCCCUAGAACACAUUUUUAUUGCUUAAUUUUUAUAUUUUGAAGCACUGUUAUUGAUCCUCGUAAUGUUUGGUCUGUAAUUAGAUUUUUAUUGUAACAUUAUGAAUCCAGUGGCAGAUUUUGGGCUUGGUACUUAAAACAGUUUGUAAUUUCCAUGAUGUAAAAAUUGCACAAACACUUUGAUCAUGGAAAGGCUAGAUAAAAUCUGUGAAUUAGCAUCAUUUUGAGAGAGGUCAAAGAUGAUUCCAAACAAGUUGAAGUGAGCUGAGCUAUACUUAAAUCUGGGACACGUUGAGACUGCUUCUGUUGAUUUAGAUGAUGUCCAGUGCAUGGCAUUCCUCACUCCUGUUCCCGGUGUUGGGGGACAUAGUUCAAGUCCAAUUAAUUAAUUAUGUAGGGGAUCUCAAAAUUGACUGCAGUCAGCAGGCUAUUUUUGAUUACAACCUGAAACCAGUCUUGAGAGCUGUUUCUGCCUCCUUGCCAGCUAGUGACCAUGGUUGGACCAGCAUUGAAGAUUUUUUUUUCACCACUCACGUGACAAAUCCAUACAUUAACGUGCAUAGAAUUCACUGUGGUAGAUUUAGCUGGAUGCUUAACAUGUCUGAAUCUGCAACUGUUUGUAACUAAAUUUGGACAUUUGAAGCCACUAUCACCUGGAGCAACAUGUAGCCUUUAUAUGAAACUGCUUUAGAUUGGGAUUCGCCAAAAAGAAAGUAAACAAUGAUACUGAAGUUUUGAAAUAGAGCUGAAUAAUUUAAUUCAAUAAUGUCUCAGUGAAAAUUUCAAAGUUUUAGCCUUGAAGCACUUGAUUUGCAGGUAUCUGAUUAUUUUUCUGUUGGUAUUUUCUGUGAAGUGUGACUGAAAUAGAAAAACUUGAAUGCAAAUAAUCGCUUCAAUUUACUUCUACUUAAUGGUUUAAAACAAGCACAGAGUGUUAAAGCUCUAAGUUCACCACAGGAUUCAAAGUUAUUAAGUGUCAAAACUGUACACUGGAACAAAUGCUAAAGCAUUACAGACUGAAUAAUGCACGAUACUGAUUUAAUUUCUAAUUGAACCAAUCUGGCUUCAGUUUUUGCUUGAGAAUCCUCCUUGUUCCUUGCCAUAAAAUUACGUUUUCAUGAGUUUGAAAGACUUCAGAAGCUAAAAUAUUUUGUUUUUUAAGGAGGAAAUGUAUGGUGUCAAACAUUCUGGGUAAAAAACUUGAAUUGUGCAUCAGUACUCAAUUACAAUACAACAGCAUGUUCAAUAACUGUGCCAUUGAUUUGUAGUAAAUAGCAAAAUAAAAAAACUUGUGGAUUGUCUCUCAA